CACUCCCCCCACCCACACCCCUCCAAGAAAAAAAGAAAAAAAACUCGUGUUCCCUCGGCCGACGCCGCCAUCGGGGAGCCAGCCGGCGAGCAUCCCCAUCACAGUCCCCUGCCCUGCUCGGACGCCACGCGCGGUUGCCGGUGAGACUGGGGAUCCAGCGCCCUCGCCGCCACCAGCUCCGCGCCGCUGUUGAUCGGCACCACGCACACGCAGAUCUCAUACCCCGUCUCCGCCGCUUAUGGAGAUGGGGUUCGACGCCUUCGCGGCAGCGUGUUUUGCUAUUCCAGUACUCGUAUCCGUUCUCGCCGUCCGCGUCGCCUACGUGAUUUGCCGCAGCGGCCUACCGCCGUCGAAGUCUCCUGCCUCCGGGCUGCGGUGUCUCAUCGUCCUCGGGUCUGGAGGGCAUACUGCAGAGAUGAUGAAUAUUGUAACUGAGCUUCAGAAGGAUCGGUUUACGCCAAGGUACUAUGUGGCUGCACUUACUGAUAACAUGAGCCUUCCAAAGGCACAGGUCUAUGAGAAGUCACUGAUUCAGGUGGAGGGUGAUGGAGAAACGAUCAUCGAGAACGCCCAGUUCAUGCAGAUAUAUCGUAGCCGUGAAGUGGGCCAAUCCUACAUUACCUCCAUCGCAACAACACUGUGUGCUAUUUUGCAUGCUAUGUGGCUAAUUAUAAGAAUCAGGCCACAAGUGAUAUUUUGCAAUGGUCCCGGGACAUGUAUCCCUCUAUGUGCUUCAGCUUUUCUUCUGAAGGUGCUUGGUCUGGGAUGGUCCUCCAUUUUCUACAUUGAAAGCAUCGCAAGAGUGAAGAAACUUUCAUUAAGUGGUUUACUCCUGUACAAGCUACGGAUGGCUGACCAGUUCUUCGUGCAGUGGCCCCAGCUGCAACAAAAAUGCCCUAGAGCACAGUAUGCUGGCCGUUUGAUGUGAUGAUUCACCCGUAAAUGAUAUUUGGAACACCGUCGUUUCCAACUCUGAAGUUCUUGAACAUGCUGAGGUGCAGUUGAAUACUUGAAUUGACACACCCUACAUGCCGAGCAUAAGCUUGCACAUUUCUUAGGAUAUACUCCUCAAAAUUGUCUUUCAAGACUGACCUGUUGAUCGGGGGAUAGAAUGCUCCCUCUCAGAUAUACUACCUUGUAAUCUGUAACUCUGUAGAGUCCAGGUGUAAAACCUCUUUAUUUUGACGAGAUCCAGGUGUAAACCUCAUCCUGUAAGUUCCAGCCACAUUCUAUCAGUAAGUGUUGUGUAGUUCGUUAUUUC